AGUGGCAUACAUGGGUUGCAAACUGGUGCAGCAGAACAGUUAAAACAAGGGUGGGCGCUGGACAUCUAAUCCUGAUACGUCACUUGCAGGGGCUUCAGAAAGCAGAAACCUGCCCCUGCUCAAACACGUCACCAGCAGCAGCAGCAGCAGCACGGAGGCUGGAGCUGACAACUGUACUUCGCAGACGGGGGUCAUCACCAGCAGCAGGAGCCAAGACAUGCCACAUUAACAGCGGCCAAACGCGCACGAAGCCGCCGCACUCGGGGGAGCUGGAUCUGCUGCAGCUGAUGGGGAUGCACAUCCUGCACAUCUGAGGAGAAAAUGAAGAGAAAGAGCGAGAGGAGACGAGCCGAGUCGAGGAAAAAGCGCUGUGCAGCUCACAGCAGCUCCGAGGCGGAGCCAGGCUCUGAUAUUUACAUUGAGAUAACAGAUCAACUGUAUUUUGCCAUUCUCAAGCAAAAGAUCAAGAGCACUGCUGAUCGACACUGUUUCUGCAUAGAUGAGGAGCUUGCAUAUGAGAACUUCUAUGCAGACUUUGGUCCCCUCAACUUGGCCAUGUUUUAUCGCUUCUGUUGCAAGCUGAUUAAGAAGCUCAAGUCCAUUACACUGUCAAGGAAGAAGAUUAUUUUUUAUACCUGUGGAGAUCCGAAAAAACAAGCCAAUGCUGCCUACCUAAUAGGCUCAUAUGCAGUAAUGCAUCUAAAUAUGAUGCCAGAGGAUGCCUACAGUCUGCUGGUGUCAAGGAAUUCAACAUAUCUUCCAUUCAGAGACGCCUCAUUUGGAACUUGCAUGUACAAUCUGAACAUCCUAGACUGCCUUCGUGCCGUUCACAAAGCUCUGCAGUUCGGCUGGCUCGACUUCUCCAACUUUGAUGUGGAGGAGUACGAACACUAUGAGAGAGCAGAAAACGGAGACUUGAACUGGAUCAUCCCGGGAAAGUUCCUUGCUUUCAGUGGACCGCACCCAAAAAGCAAAAUAGAGAAUGGCUACCCAUUGCAUGCUCCUGAGGCUUACAUCCCAUACUUCAGGAAACACAACAUCACCGCCGUCAUCAGACUCAACAAAAAGAUGUACGAUGCCAGACGGUUUACAGACUCUGGCUUCGAGCACCAUGACCUGUUCUUCGUGGACGGGAGUACACCCAAUGAUUCAAUCGUCAGGAAGUUCCUGAACAUCUGUGAGAAUGCAGAGGGGGCCGUUGCUGUCCACUGCAAGGCCGGCCUUGGGAGGACCGGUACGCUCAUCGCCUGCUAUAUGAUGAAACAUUACCAACUCACUGCAGCAGAGGCCAUCGCCUGGAUACGGAUCUGUCGACCAGGGUCCAUUAUUGGGCCUCAGCAGAACUUUGUUGAAGAGAAGGAGAACAGUCUGUUGGCCGAGGGCGAUGUUUUCCGGGAGAAGAUGCUAAAUGAACCAGAGAAUGGGAAGAUGGCUGUAACCAGGAUCCUAUCUGGGGUGGAUGAUAUAACCAUAAAUGGUAGCAACAAGAACAGGACAUCCAAGAAAGAAGAAAUAGAAAUGUACAAUGAUGAAGAGGAGAGAAACAGUGUCACGCAGGGCGAUAAACUACGAGCUCUGAAGAGCAAGAGGCAAGCCAGAUCAUCCUCAGGGUCGCUGUCACAUGAGGAGAAUAAAAUGCACACCAGGUCAUCGUCACAGUCCUUCAGCAGGGUCAUCAUGCAGGGCAGCAAGACCCUGUCUGACCAAUCAGAUGGCAGGAAGAGGACGCGGGCCUCGCUGCCGGCUAACAGGGAAGGAGGAAGCUCCCUGUGCCACACCAGACUGGUCAGGUCCCUAGGCAACUUGCAUGUCGUGGCUGGCAACAAAGACCCAAUGUGCUUUGAGCCAUGUGGCAGCCGUAGAGACAGAGCCGGUGUGACGGCCAACACAGGCACCGUCAUCAACCUAAACAUGGCUCAGGGUCACCUGCAGUCACUCCAUACCCAAGGCUAGAGCUCCUCUACUUCGGUAAACCUGUGGAUCUGGGAAGUCUUCGGAUGGUCCAACUUGGAUUAAGUCUUUGAAUAGACUCGUUUUCUUUUCCUGCCUUGAACGGUUGAUUCAAGUCUCAACAAACAUGAUGUGACAUGUCAUUGGACUGAUAGGGCACUUUGGUUUUUAUAUUUUAAAUCAUCAUCAUGAACAAACUGUUUUAAUCAACCACCCGGUUGUUCCUGUUUAUUGAAGCAUGCAGUUGGCAAACACCAGAUUCAAUCAUGACAGUCAGACCGGCAUGUGAAUGUGUAAAUCCAAGCCCCCAAAGAAAAAACAAUUAGCACUGUGCAACAGAAGUGGUUUACGGUUUCAUUGUUAAACUUAGAUUAAAUGAGCCUCCCCCCCCAGUGCAAAAGGCUCAAGGUUGGGUUUUACUGGGAUAUUUUAAUAUCCACAAAAAGAAAAAAAAUGCAUUACAGCAUUCAGUACUGUGCACAUUUGUACUGCAACUCGGUAUCUGACUUGUUUCAUCAUUGUCAUUUAUUUGCCAAGCUUUUCAGCUCAAUACUGUAAAUAUGUCAACAUUUAAUAUAGCCUACUCUGUUUGUAUUUUGUAAAUAUUUUAUACUUAAGAUCAAGAUCGUGCCAUUAAAUGGCCCUAAAGGGCCCCUGUUUAACUCACUUAUAAUCCAAUACAUUUGCCUGAUAAUGCACAAAAAAAAAAAUCUGAGUUUUAAAAUAAAUUCUCUUAAACAUC